GAGUCGCGGCGCUCGCCGCUGCGCUAGGACCCGUGCCACCUGGCCCUGCCGCGGCGCCGCCGCUGUCGCACGUGCCUGGAGCUGCUGCUGGCGGUCCUGCCGCGGUCGCUCCGCUCCCCGCGCCCGCUGGCGAUUUCAGGGUGCUGCCGAUGGCGAUCAACAUGCGGGGGGAGCGUGAGCGGAGGUUCGGCGAGAUGGUGAACGGCCUCUCCGAGACCGAGGUGCAGGGCUGGCCAGUCCAGGGCCCACGGACGCUUCUCUGGUGCCUGUCCUUCAUGUCAACCAUGGCGGGAACUCCCACCGCGUGGCAUCAGCGCUGGCUCACGUCCAUGGCUUUGGCCGACGACGACGAGCACGCCAAGCUCCACGAGACCUUGUGUCGGGUCCUGGACCUCGCCGUGGUCUACGAUCAGCUGCAGGUGGCAGAGAUGGCGUCGUUCGAGAUCGUCGCACGUCAGCUCCAGCUGCUGGAGGAGCGGGUGUACGAGAGUCGGUCGCUGCCCCAGACGGCCGCCGCUCCCAAGGCCAAGUCUGGAGCUAGGAGUGGUGCGACGGCCGCGGCCUCCAGCAUCCCCGAGACGAGCUACUUCCUCGGCGCGGGCGUCUCCAAGGCGAACCUGUGCAUCUCGCCGAGGCUGCUUGAGUACAUUGCAGAUCAGAUGCGGGCGGAGGCCGCCAUCAGCAAAGAACGUCGCAAG